AUGAAAUCCUUCAUCUUCCUCACUUCUCUUCUCCUCGUUGCCUCCCUCUCCGUUGAAGCUGGGGACGAUGGCGGGCGGAGAGGAAUAUAUGAUAUUGGAUGGCAGCCGAUUAAGAAUGUAAACGACCUGCACGUGCAAGAGGUUGCGAAAUUCGCAGUGGAUGAACAGAACAAGCAAUCCCACACUUCUCUGAUCUUGUAUAAAGUGGAUUCUGGCAAAUUUACGAACAACUUCGCCGCCCUUUACCGCCUCAUCGUAGUUGUCGCUGACAACAACACUCACGGCAUUUUAGCUAAGUAUGAGGCGACGGUGUGGGAGAAGAGCAGGGGGAACUUACAACUUGUUUCAUUCAAGUGGAUUAGGCCCUAG